ACUUUCUCCAGGAUUUUCGUGUAUUCAUCGCGGAAAGGGAUCGGUGAGGUUCGUCGAUGACAUUGGCGGAACAAGUGAACCGUGGAGAAGCAAAGUUUCGUAAUGACAUCGAGAGGACACGGCAAGGAGGUCGUUGCUCGAUCGUUUGGUCGUUUUAAGGCCGUCACGAAACACAUGCAAAAACAUGCGAAUCGUUACACGUAGACGAUCACCUGGCCCGGUUGAUCGCGGUACCAGAGUGAGAAUACACGAUUCCCGUGAUCGAGACUGACGAUCGUUUCGCCGGAACGCGUUGGCAGAUACGGGAAGGUAGAAGUAAACUUGGACGAAAGUUUUUCGGCUAGUCGAACGUUUAACUCUGGAUGUCUGGAAACUUGAGUACAGUUACGACUGUGUUAGGCGAGGCUACCGCGUUAAACGCGCAAGUGGGUUAAUGGUGAAGUCCACACGAGUGAGAAGAGACCGAUACAUAUGUACACGCGUUCAUUUUACAGUCCGGCAGAUACUCUGACAGUUGAUGUUGAUGAACGAUCCCUCCCGGCCUUCGACGGUUGCAGGCAGCAUCGAUGGAGAGGUUCGGUCGCAGCUGCACCUGCACCACUCGAGAGCGAGCGGCCCCGCUAUACAUUUGGCCUCUCUUCCCUUGGACCACUGCCACACUUUCGUGUGUAACAACCGGUGUACUGUGCUUUUUAGUCCUCCUUCGGACAUUAGAUGCCCGAAACUGGAGCACCGAGAUGCGAUUUCGUUGAAUCUAGGAAAGUGUCGGAAUAAAGUUCUCUCUUAGACGCCAGGUAUUCCGACAGACCGGAAGGACCCUGGGAAAUGCGUUAUUUUCGAUUGUUUCGCCACCGGUGGGAUAUAAAUAGCGCUUGGAUGGAAUAAUCGAAGAGUGCAUCGUUGGGAAAUUACAUUUAAUCCGACAGACGUUCGUAAGAAAGUUCACCGGCCAAUUUCGUUUCUGUACACUGGAUAGGUAAUUAUGUUUUUAUACCUGUAUCGCGUGUUAUCCGCGAAAUCUCGCUUAAUUAGUCAUUAUAGACAGUGGAUAUGAUAGAGGAGGCGAGCUUAAAAUGUUCCUCGCCGUGGCGAGCGCGAUGCUUGUUCGUCUGCACGUGAAAUUAGUGGUUAGAAUGUAAGUAGGAAAGGAGAUUAAUGUCGCUGUCGGUAACAAGAAAAUUCCCCGUAAUCGUUCGAUUAGAAAGUGCACCCGCUAAAAUGUAAAUGGACAACUGCAUCGGGAAAAUGGCGUCUUCAUCGGGCAGCCGAGAAUAUUCCACACUUUUAAUCGCCUAACUUUCUCGAUCGCGUCCACGCUGAAUUUCCACUUACUUCCUCUGACUCAUCCGUCCCGCAUCCUCUGUAGGUCGAUUUUAGGCUGAAGAAAAAGCGUCCUCUCGCCGUACGAAACGAACAGUCUCCAGCCAGAGAUGGUAGAAAAACGUUAAUUGCGACCCCGGUUAUUCCGGAUAUCGAUAAAGUCGAUCGGUAAAAGACUACGUAACGCCCGGAUUGCCGCAGUCUCGGGCGACUGGCAGACGCACGAAGCUAGAACAGGACAUCCCUUCGGAAUCGGGAGAGACGAGAUCAGAAAGGCAGAAGUCCGUUUCCUGGAGAUAAAGAAGAAGCAGUCGAAGAAGAAGAAUAAGAUAUCACGCAGUGGAGGAGGAAGAGCUGGCUGGCCUAGAAACGGUGGUUCUCCGAUCUCCGAUCUGUUGGUGGGUUUUCAGGCUUCUUCCCGUCGUGCCACCUCGUCCAGCUACCCCUCCACCGUUUGACUGGCCGUCGUCGACGAUGAUGGUAAUGGUAAAUGGCCCAUGGAGAGGCUCUCCAGUCCGCGCCUCCACUGGAAACGGGAGCACGCCACGUGAAAGUAGGAAGGGGAGGCUAUAGCCGGACCGACGUCGCUUCGUGCGCCUCAGUCGUUCGUGGACCUCGAAGGACGAUAGAGGUCGAAGAGGGCACUUCCUCCUCUCCUUCCUCACGGCGCCACCACCAUCACCUUCUCUACCAUCUUUCCGCGCCUUCGGCCUUAUCCUUCUUAACCGGUGGCGAGAGCACGAACGUCGUCUGCACGCACAAUAAGAUAAUCGUUCGCAGCCGUCCGCCUACUGCGCUUCGAGAAAAUUGACUUAUAACGACGUCGUUGAUACACGAUCGUGGCAAACGUCCAAACGGAUCGUCGACAGUACGAAGGAUGCAGCGUCACAUCUCUCUCCUCGUUGGGAUCAUCUUGCUGUGUUGCCUUCAAGAUUUCGUGACCGGCGCCUGUCCCCGAAUAUGCCCGCCAAGCGGAGAACCAGUAUGCGGUAGCGACGGCGUGAUCUACGCGUCUCAGUGCGAAAUGCGGAAGAAGAUGUGUGGAAAAGGCGUGACCGUGGCCACGGAGAAGACCGCCUGCCUAAGAUCGUCCGGUAGCAAGUGCGAGCAUCGUUGCCCAGGCGAUCAGGAUCCGGUAUGUGGCACCGACGGCCGCACGUAUCUGAACAAGUGCAUGCUGAGAGUGGAGAUCUGCCGAGUCGGCAUCGAGCUGUCGCACCUGGGCCCUUGCAACAACAUCUCCGCGCACAGAGAGAAUUGUCCGGUCGCCUGCGACUUUGCGCCACUCGACGGACCGAUCUGCGGAAGCGAUGGCAACGUCUACAAGUCUACGUGCCAAAUGAAAUUGCUCACCUGCGGACAAGGCGUUGUGCGUACGAACAAGAAGCAUUGUCAGACCACGAGACAUUGUCGAGAAUCGUGCUGGCGCGGUGCCAAACCAGCCUGCGGUAGCGACGGCAUCCUCUACUCGAACACCUGCAAAAUGCGAGCGAAGAACUGCGGCAAACACGUGUUCGAGGUGCCGAUGUCCUACUGCGUGUCGCUGGAGCGGACGUCCGGCGGCCAGACAAACGCUUGUCCUUUGGACUGUAAAUACGAGCCGGAAGUGCCAAUCUGCGGAUCUGACGGAAAUAUAUACAAGAACGAAUGCGAGAUGCAAAUGCUCAAUUGCGGGCAAGCGAGAAGAAAGGUGACAGUGGUGGAUUUCGAAAAAUGCAGGAGCCGUCUGACCAAGUGCAUGAAACAGCAGCAGAGAUGCGGGAACGAGGUGGAUCUAGUUUGCGGAAGCGAUGCGAACACGUAUCCGAAUCAGUGCCAUUUGAACGUGGCAGUAUGCUUAAAGGGCAUUCAAUUGGCUCACGUCGGAGAGUGCACGACCUUGAAGGAGACCGAACAGUGCCCCGAAGAUUGCAGCGAGGUACCCGAGGAACCAGUUUGUGGAAGCGACGGCAACGUUUACCGAUCCCUUUGCCAUCUGCAGCGUGAGACAUGCGGUCAGAGGGUGGUUCAAGUUCCAGCGCAACACUGUCGUACUACCGCGCUUUGCAACCAGAUCUGUAGUGGAGAACGUCAAUUUGUUUGCGGUUCCGACAACAAGCUUUAUCGCAACGAAUGCGAGAUGAAGAGGGACAAUUGUGGGAAACACGUGUACGUGGUACCCAUGAAGAGAUGCGUGCAAGGUUUCUUAUUCCGCGGUUGCCAAAAGAUUUGUCCACCCUACUACGAUCCAGUUUGCGGUACCGAUGGCAUGACCUACAGCAACGAAUGUUUCUUGGAAAUAGAGAACUGCCGCAGUCGAAGCAUAGUUACGAAGAAGUACCAUGGAGUAUGCGGCCAACCGACUGAAGAACCUAAGAAUUACCUGUAUUAGAUUGAUCAAAUUUUAUCCUCGUCAAAAUUUUUCUCUAAAAAAAUAUUUUUCCAAAGUUGAUAAUUUCGAGACGACUCGCGUAGAUCGAUUUGAAAAACGAUCGAAUCAUGUUCUUACGGGACGAUUGAUCUUCUCAAAAGAUAAUCUUACGAUGAUCGAAGAAAUUGAUCGAGAGAAAAUAUCGAUCUUUACAGUUCGAUCGUAUAUUUGUUCGUCUUGAAAUGGAAUUCGAUAAAUUUCCUGAAUAUUUGCGGAAUUUUAAUACUACGUGUCUUUCCAAGAAACAAAUAUUGCACGGAACGAGUAUCUCGUUAGUCGAAUGCCUAAAUCGAUUCGCGAUAUCUAUUAGUCGAUGACAACGAGAUUCGUAUUAUCAUUUCCGUAAUCGAUCGUAUCGAGACUGCCAAACCACUCAUUAAUUCUCGCACGAAUCGUCCGUUCGAUUGGACCAAGACUGUAGUUUAUAGGCAACAGCCAAUUUUCAUGGUACGUGCUUGACAUUUUUAUCAAUCACACGCGCAAGUGUCAACGGAUUACCAAGUCUCCAUAUUUAUUUUACAUUUUUUCUUCUUGGAUUAAUAACGACACGACGUGACGACAUCUUUGCGUGAUACAAAUAUCAUAACACGAAUUUCGCGACGCUAGAUCGAUCGUGCGUUCGUGUAACUCCUUCGAUAUCUUCGCACAUUACUCGCCGGUAAACUCAUUCUUAUUUAUUGUAGUAUUAUUAUUGAUUAUCGUAUCAUCCUUGCAUCAUUUUGUUUAUCGCUACUGCUACGGUAACACGAAUAGUUCCAGGACGUAUCCUUAUUCUAAUUGUAAGGAAAUAUUUAGCUAUUAUAUGUAUAUCUCUCUUUCUGACAUGUGAUGUGUGUUCAUACUAUAAUUAUUCUUAUCAUCGUAUCUUUUUAUUUAUUAUGAAACAUGCG